GAUGCAAAGUGUUUGAAGGAAACAUUCCUUCAGCCCGAUGCGCCUCCUCUCUCUGCAUGGUGACAAAUCCUUCUGAAAGCUUCCUCCACCACUUUCCUCAGGCAAGGGACUUUAUUUGUUAGCAGGAAAACAACAUGGCAGACGUUGUCGUCCAAUCCGACAGAAAAAGCGGCGGAAUUGUGAUUGACGAUGACUGGCCAGGCUACAGUUUAGACCUCUUCAGCUAUCCGGCCCACUACUCCGGAGAUUUAGACUGUGUCGUCAUUCCCCAUGGCGUGAUUAUGGACAGGACAGAACCACAGAAUGACCAGUCGACAGAGGAUGUUCACAUAGUCGGAGCAGAGGAUUUGUCUUUUUUAGCUGGAAAGAACGUACUGAUUGUGGAGGCCAUUGUAGGCACUGGAAAGACAAUGAAGACUCUCCUGAAGCACGUUGAAGCCUUCGGCCCCAAAAUGAUCAAAGUAGCGGGGUUGCUGGUGAAGAGAGUUCCACACAACUCUGCAUGUCUUCCUGACUACGUCGGCUUUGAGAUACCCGAUCAGUUUGUGGUUGGAUAUGCCUUAGACUACAAUGAGUAUUUUAGAGACCUAAAUCAUAUCUGUGUGAUCAGCGAAAGUGGGAAGACAAAAUACAAGAUUUAAAAGGGGACUGCAAAAGGAGGCGCCUGUCACUCAGAUGUCCUCUAACAGCAAGCCUGAACAUUUUCCCUGAGAUGCCAUUCGCUUACAGCUGUUAUCGUGACAUUGGAUCUCAAGCAUCCCCUGUUUUGUUAUAACAUUCCUUCUCUGAAAUGUUAAUCUGUUUUAACAAUAGACAUUGACAUUUAGCUGGUCAUUUUAGCAAAGCAAGCUUUACCAUGUUUUUAAAGUUGCAACUUCAUUCUUCAUGUUUACAGAAUUUAUUAAUAUGGAAAAUGUUUAAUGCUAGGGUACUAUUACUGUGUACCAUUUGUUAGUUUGACUUUAACACAAAUGACAUCUCGACUUCACUUCUUCUUGUAUGCAAUGUAAAGAACUGGAUUAUCAUGACCUGUAUGAAUGUGAUAGAUCCGUCUGUGAUGAGCUAACGAAGGAAAGCUUCUUUCUUUCAUUAGGUAGUUCUCCUGCUGUCACCUUUUAAUGCUCAAGGGCAAAUUGUAAACACUAAGUGCACUAACUACCUCUUUGUUUUUUCUGUAUUUCCAUUUAUAAUUUAACAUACCAGUAAAGUAUUUUUUAGCA